AUGGUAAAGCCACUGGCUGGGACGGUGGUGGUGUUCCUGGCGGUUGCCUUGUCAUACGUGGAGAAGCUGGGUUUGUUUAGAGAGAUGAUUUACUCCAUUUUUAGAGCCUUCGUUCAGCUUUCGAUUAUCGGGUUUGUUCUUCAGUUCAUCUUCACUCGGGACAAUGCCGUUUGGAUCGUUCUGGCUUACCCUUUCAUGGUGACUGUUGCUGGUUAUACAGCAGGGCAAAGGGCUACGCACGUCCCAAGAGGGAAGUAUGUUGCUGGAGCUUCCAUAGUGGCUGGAACUUCAAUCACAAUGUUUCUGCUUCUUGUGAUGAGAGUGUUCCCCUUCACUACAAGAUAUAUUAUCCCCGCUGCAGGAAUGAUGGUCGGAAAUUCAAUGACGGUAACUGGGGUUACGAUGAAAAGGCUUCGAGAUGAUAUUCGAACUCAAAUGAACUUGGUAGGUUAA